CGCCCACAGGGACAAACAACACGCUUUGGCAAGGACUUACGCUCCGCUUCCCUGGCAUAAAUCGAUUGCAAAUGAUCUCAAAAAAUACCACAAGUGCCACUGGACUAGCUGGAUCCCAUAAAACGGCGCAACGCCCACUCUUUCUCAUCUACAACCUGCAUACCCACAACCCAUCCUCUGCCGCAUAAUAAUAUUUUUCUUGCAUCGAAAGUGAGCAUGGAGCCAAACUCAGCACCACCUCCAGCGCACCAGCUCGUACAGAUACCCACCCAAACUCUUCAUCCUGGAAUAUCAGUCCCACUGCCCGGCACGCCCGGCUACGUUGCCCUACAGAUUCAAGUCAUGAAAGACACCCUUGCGAAGGCAUCGGAACCAACGCCUGAAAGCAGAUGCAAGGGUCCAUCACAAGAACUCUGGACACAAUGGACGGAGGAGAUUAAGAACGGGGAACAACAGAUAAGAGACCUACGCUUCCGGGUCGACCCAUCAGUCAUCUGCCGUACGGUCCAGCUCAAGUUCCUGAGGAUUUGGAUGUACUGGCGCACUUUCCGUCUUCAUGACCUUCCACCCGAAAUUAUUGCCAACAUCUUCCGCUAUGUCGUUUGGUCGACUGGCAACCCCGCUGAAGGCGUGGUGCAGCGGCUUUGGCUCACGUGGGUAUGCCGGUUGUGGCGGGAACUUGCCAUCGGGGACGCUACUCUAUGGAAUGCUAUCUGGUUUCGCGAUCCUGCACCAUAUGAGCGGUCGUUUGCGUGGUUCGAUCGAGCUGGAACUGCUCCCAUAGACAUUCGUCUCGAUGAGAGGAAUGCGCUGUUGGGGAAAAAUGAGGACCAACGCGUUUUCACACCCGAGCAGAUGUCAAACCUCCUUGACAGGCUCUUCGUUAAGCUUCCGCAGAUCCGUAUGCUGGUUGUUAUUGUCGAUAAAUGGGCCCCUGCCAUUACUGUCCUCCGUAAACUCCAGGAAGCUGGAAAUGCCGGAAUUCCUAUCAACAUCGAAAGGCUCGAGAUUUACCGCACGGGCACACCUAACCCGUUGGUUGGACCUAACAUCGACAACGACGGUCAUCAUGAUCCUCCCCUGUUAAACGGUGGACAAACACGAAUGUUAAAUCACCUUUGCCUGGCAGGUGUGCACGUUGAUUGGGACGAAACACCACUGCGAAACCUCUCAACGCUUGAUCUUCGUAGCAUGUCUGUGGACGUUGCCCCUUCUCUCGAACGAUUUAGGGCCCUCCUUCGGGAAUGCCCUAUGUUAACCAGGCUUGCACUGGACGGCUCUGGUCCGCGACCCGCUGAGAAACCCUUUGACCAUAUACCUGUCGAUCUCCUGCAUCUUAAAACGCUGGUUCUGGGGUCUUUCAGCCUCCCAUACGCAUGUUUUAUCGUUUCACAGAUCAACGCACCUCACUUACUGGACCUAACGCUGAUGGCACUGAGCGGCACUGACUACGUACCUCUCAUUAAACUACUUACGCCAAAGUUCACGGAAGUACGAUUAUUGACGCUGUACGGUGUGCAAGUGGAGAUGACACCCCUGGGCAAGGCAGCGAUGGCGCGGUGGUUUCUAGCGAUGCCUGACUUGGCAUAUGUGCGCAUCGCACAGCUGAAAACGAGUGUGCUCAAGUUGCUACUUGACGAUCCCGGCAAGUACAAGCAACUGAACGAUACUAGUAACUAUCCAAGCGGUGACGCUUUUUGCCCCAAUCUGAAAACGUUGGAAGUUCAGGCAAUGCCGUAUGCGACCAUCGUGGACUUCUGUCGACGAAGGACAGAAAUGGCUUUGCCCAUUACCAAAAUAUACUUAAACCCGCCUUGGGUACACACGUUGUCCGUACAGGCGGUGAGGGAACUUCGCAGCGUAGCUGCCGUGUACGUUGCUCCUGUCGGCACCAACACAGUAGAAGAGAACGAGUUGCUGCAGCGGGAUCCAGAGGGUGGGGAUGACGACGAUGACGACGACGACGAUGAAGAUGACGAUGAGGACAAUUAGCGUGUAUACGAGGCUUAAUGUAGUACGGAUCUAUUAGGCUUAUAUCAAGUACGAUAAGGAG